GUCCUCCCACUCUAACUGCGCACACAGCGGAUCACCAAUCACAGUAAAGAGCCAAUGACAUCGGCUCUGUCAUGUGAUCAGCUGUGUCCAAUCACAGCUGAUCGCAUUGUAGCCCCAUCAAUGCCACCUGUCAGUGCCCAUCAAUGCCACCUGUCAGUACCCAUCAAUGUCAAUACCAGUGCCCAUCAGUGCACAUCAAUGCCACAUAUCAGUGAUUACCAGUGCACAUCAAUGCCAACUGUCAGUGCCAGUCAGUGUUGCCUAUCAGUGCUGCCAAUCAGUGCCACCUAUCAGUGCCAGUCAGUGCCACCUAUCAGUGCUCGUCAGUGCUACCUAACAGUUCCAAUCAGUGCCGCCUAACAGUCCCAAUCAGUUAUGCCUAUCAGUGCCAGUCAGUGCCGCCUAUCAGUGCCCAUCAGUGAUGCCUGUCAAUGCCCACAAGUGAUG